AUGACUUCGAUCGAAGACAAACUCAUCGACAAUGAGGACGACACUCCCGAUGAUAGUGUGGCGAGAAUGGGUAAAGGUAUGAUGACCAUGACCAGCAAAGAGCUGCCGUGUUGGUAUCAUCCUACACUCGAAGGUUUUCUAGAUUUUAAACGUCGAGACAAUUGUUCGGUCAAUGUGAAAGGUAGACAAGGGCAUUGUUUAGCUCUGGAUGAAUGGGAAGAAAUGAACAUAGUUUUACCGCUAAAGAAAUAUGCUUCAGUUAUAUAA